AUGGAUUUUGGGACCCCUCCUCCAAACAUGGGAAUGCCUCCACCCGGCAUGGGAGGACCUAUGGGUCCACCAGGUCGAAACAAUAUUCGCCAUAACUUUAGGCCUUUCAAUUAUCAAAUGCGAUUUCCACCACAGGGUCCUUUGAACAUGACUCAAGAUGAUUUUGAUGGUAAACGUUUACGUAAAUCAGUUAUGCGUAAGACUGUAGACUAUAAUUCAGCUAUUAUAAAAGCUUUAGAAUGUCGCGUUUGGCAGAGGGAUUGGCGGGAUAGGCAUGCGUUACAACCGGACGCUAUGUACACACCUGAUCUAUUACCACCACCUUCGUACCCAGAUAAUCCAAUAAAUGCUGUAACCACACGAUUUGUAAAGACUGCCACUAAUAAAAUGAGAUGUCCAAUUUUUGCUGUUGCUUGGACACCUGAAGGACGGAGAUUAAUAACGGGAGCUUCUUCUGGGGAAUUUACUUUAUGGAAUGGUCUUACAUUUAAUUUUGAAACUAUUUUACAAGCACAUGACUCUCCAGUCAGAUCCAUGGUUUGGUCUCACGGAGAGGGCUGGAUGGUAACAGGAGACCAUUCUGGCUUCAUAAAAUAUUGGCAGAGCAACAUGAACAAUGUUAAAAUGUACCAAGCCCAUAAAGAAGCUGUUAGAGGUAUAAGUUUUAGCCCCAGUGAUGCCAAGUUGGUAACUUGUUCCGAUGAUGGAACAUUGCGCAUAUUUGAUUUCUAUAGAUGUCAAGAAGAGAGGAUAUUAAGAGGCCACGGUGCUGAUGUAAAAUGUGUACAGUGGCAUCCUACAAAAGCACUUAUCGUAUCAGGAAGCAAAGAUAACCAGCAACCGAUAAAAUUGUGGGACCCUAAAUCUGGUACCGCAUUGUGUACUCUUCAUGCACACAAAUCAACAGUUAUGGAUUUGAAAUGGAAUGACAAUGGAAACUGGCUAAUAACUGCAUCUCGUGAUCAUUUGUUAAAGCUCUUUGAUAUUCGUAAGUUAGGCACGGAAGUGCAGGUAUUUAGAGGUCAUAAGAAAGAAGCAUCAAGUGUUGUAUGGCACCCAACACAUGAGGGACUGUUUUGUUCUGGUGGUUCCGAUGGAUCUAUUUUAUUCUGGAAUGUAGGUACUGAUAAAGAAGUAGGGUGUAUAGAAGGUGCACAUGAAUCAAUUGUUUGGACUAUGGCUUGGCAUCCGCUCGGUCAUAUAUUGUGUUCAGGAUCAAAUGACCAUACCUCUAAAUUUUGGACUCGCAAUCGACCUGGAGAUCAAAUGAGAGACAAGUAUAAUCUCAAUACGCUGCCACCAGGUGUACAAGACGAUAAUGACCUUGAAGAACCAGCAGCAAUCCCUGGAAUGGGUCCUGAAGAUAAAGUCGAUAUAUUCUCAUCGGACACUGACAAGGUCAUUCCUGGAUUAGAUUUAGAUACCACAUUAAUUCCAAUGGAAUUUGAGAAGAAAGUUAAAAAGGUGCCUUACAGCAAACCUAUUCCAAGGAAUUUCCAAGCCCAGUGGAAUCAUGGCCCAGCUGUAGACGAUGCAGCUGCCGAGGCCUUUACACAGGCUUUAGUUGAAUCUGUUCCGGGAGCUGUUCCACUGCAGCAGAUCAAUCCUUCGGCUAUCUUUAUAUAUGGUAAACUAAUACCAGUAGAACCUGGCUCAAAAUUAGAAAAAGCUAUAACAGAAGGUCAUGUUGCACUAAAGAGAUACAUAGCUACCGGUGAAAUUGAAGAAUUGGAUGAAAUGAUGGCCCAUCUGGAGGAGGACGCAGACGACGAUAACUUCCCUCCAUUUGAAUAUCCAACACAAGAGAAUAAUGAAAAUGAAGGUGAGAAAAGCGAAAAUGAAAAUGCGGAAAAAGAAAACUAUGAACAAGAAGAAUAUUUUAACAAUGAGAUGGAUACCAGUGAACAGAAUCAAGAAGAUUAUAAUAAUUAUGAUAAUGGUCCCGAUAUGUCAAUGAUGCCUCCCAUGGUCCCUAUGGGUAAUAUGCCACCGAUGGGUUUGUUAAGACCUCCAAUGAAUAUGGGACCUAUGAGACCGCCUUUAGGGCCGCCACCACUUCAUGCUAUGCACAUGCCACCACCACACAUGGGAGGCAUGCCACCGAUGGGUGGUAUGCCACCUAUGGGCCCAAUGGGAAAUAUGCCUCCAAUGGGCAAUAUGAACCAAUUACCGCCUUUCUCAGACAAUGGCUACAACAAAGGACACUUUGAGGGUGGCUAUGAAACUAACCAGUCAUUUUCACAAGAGAAUAGUGAAUAUAAUGAAGAAGAAUCGUUUGACCAAAACUAUGAAGAGGAGAAUUACAAUGAGGAAGAAGACGGUGAUGAUAGCUAUGGAAGAAAUCAGAGGUGGAUUGGCGGUUUUAGAGGCAGGGGUCAAGAUAGAGGUGUAAAUAGAGGUCGAGGUCACGACCGUGGCAGAGGUCAGGAUCGAGGUCGCGGUAGAGGUAUGAAUGGUUUCGGUCGGAACAUGCGCAGAGGAGGUCCACCUCGAGGCGUCACGUGGACACGCCGCGGUACAGGAGCUAAUAGGGUUUUCAGAAGGGCGAUACACAUCAUAAUUAUAAUGUUCCCGUUGGGAUGGUUGUGUGGUAUUCUGCUUGUAUCGAGCUGUUGGGCGAGCCAGUAUGAUAAUGGCGGUGAGAAAAACUCACUAGGCGUGACUGGAACCAGCGAAAAUACGACCGUCAGACUCGAAGCUAUAGAAGGAACUCUAUACUACAGAGUGAUUAAGGCUGAAAAAAGUCCUCAAUGGUUCCCAGAACGAGAGUUAAAGUUAGAUAGCUGUGUCAGAAGAGCUCAAUGCGAACCAUUAACCAAAACCACGUGCUUGGGAGUCAAGUUACCAUACAAUAGGACAAGCGUCCGUCUCACCUUUUACGACAGUCAGUACAAAAUACAAAACCAACUGGAGCAAUACAGGGAAUUGAUAAACGUUCCUAAAUGCUGGGCUGUAAUACAGCCGUUGCUAUGUGCUACGUUCAUGCCAAAUUGCGAGACAAUUAACGGUCAGGACAUGGUGCAUCUACCAUCGUACGAGAUGUGCAAAAUAACUAUGGAACCGUGUGCAAUUCUGUAUAACACCUCAUAUUUUCCGUCCUUUCUGAAAUGCAACGCUACAUUGUUCCCGCCGAAAUGCGAGAACGCUGCGAGAGAGAUGAAAUUCAACACGACCGGUAAAUGUUUACCGCCGCUGAUACACACGGACAAACGACAUCACUUUUACGAAGGUAUAUCAGGCUGCGGCGUGCCCUGUCGCGACCCUCUGUACACGGAGGACGAGCACGCACAGAUCCACCGUCUGAUAGCGUGGGGCGCGGGCUCGUGUCUCGCUCUCAACUUACUCACCGUGGCCACCUUCCUCAUAGACUGGCGCAGCGCUAACAAAUAUCCAGCACUCGUCAUAUUCUAUAUCAACGUGUGCUUCGCGGUAGCGUCCAUGGGUUGGCUGGUACAAUUCGGAGUGGGUUCGAGGGAUGAUAUAGUUUGCUCAAAAGAUGGCACUAGACGUCAAGGAGAGCCUUCAGCUGAAGAGAAUCUGUCUUGUGUUGUUGUCUUUGUUCUGGUUUAUUAUUUCAUGAUGGCGGCUUGUGUUUGGUUUGUGAUAUUCACGUACGCGUGGCACAUGAGCUUUAAGGCGUUGGGUAAAAUCCAAGAUCGUAUAGACAAGAAGGCUGCAUAUUUCCACCUGGUUGCGUGGUCCCUACCACUGAUACUCACUAUCACGACGAUGGCGUUCGGUGAGAUCGACGGUAACAGCGUGACCGGCAUCUGCUUCGUUGGUUACGUCAACCAUCCGAUGAGGGCCGCCUGGUUGUUAGCACCACUGUCAGUUGUAUUGUUACUCGGCGGUUAUUUCCUACUUAGAGGUGUGUUCUCGCUGAUAGCGGUCCGCGUGUCCAGCAAGGACGUGAUCUCUCCUCGCGCCUCCAACAAGAUCCGUCAGACGAUCACCCGCUGUUCGUUGACAGCGGCUCUGGUGGCCGUCUUCAUCUGUGUAACGUUCGCGUGUCACGUGUACGAGUUCAGGAACGCGGAUGCUUGGAAGGAAGCCUUCAAGAAUAACAUCAUUUGUCGCCUAGAGUCGUGGCGUGAUCCGUUACUAUCAGGUCGUGAGUGUUCUCAAGGCGCUCGUCCGUCUGUGUCGGUCUUACAACUACGUCUGUUGUGUUGCUUCGCGUCAGGAGCGUUAAUGGCCUCGUGGACAUGGACGCCCGUCGCCGCAGCCGCCUGGAGGAGAUAUAUGGCCAAGAAAUGUGGUUGUUCAGUAGAAGCUGACAUGACGCGUCGUGCUCAUAAACACGAGCUGAUAGCACGCGCGUACAGGCGGCGCAACGAGUUCAUUACUAGAGGGAGACUAUCAAUAUCGCUCGGAGGAUCUAGACAAGACCCCGUGGGCUUCUGUUUGGACAACUCACCCGCUGAUUACCCGGAAGACGCCAAACAUGAGAGUCGUAUUGUUCUCAGCGGUGAGUUAUCAUCGUCGUGGGCAGCUAACUUGCCUCGUUUCGUCCGUCGUCGCGACGCCCUCGUGCUGCCUCAACACGCGCACCACUCACACGACAUGUCCUCUACUCCGGAUCGCAGGAACUCACAAGACUCACAGAUCAGUAUCAGCCUUCGUCACGUGUCCGUUGAGUCGCGCCGUAACUCUCUCGACAGUCAACUGUCGGUGAAAAUAGCUGAGAUGAAAACUAAAGUGGGACGGCGUCGAACAAAACACAGUAAAGCAAAACGUAAACGAGCUUCAGUACGUAAAGAAAGCACUCCUUCUAUUGAAAGUCAGAUUAGUCGGUACUGGCUACAAGCGGUCGCAGCUAACACGGACCCCUCACGCGAAGAAGUCAAGUUUAGUUUUGACUAA